AUUCAGGCUGUUCUGGAGGCAAAGGGGGGUCUGACCCGGUACUAGAUGGGUGUACCUAAUAAACUGUCCGGUGUAUGUAGAUAAAAUGCAGGCCUCUUCUACAGUCUUACAUUAAUGUUUUAUUAGUAGGAGCUUCUAGUAUUUUCAUGAAUGUUAGUAGCCUUUCAUGAAUUAAUGCAGAAUGCUGCAUCAGUGCAUUACCUAAACAUAGAACAUUUUAAACCAGUGAUGCUUUUUCUUGCUCUUUAGUUAAUGGAGAAAAUAUAUGUCAUGUCAAAACGAGAGGAGAAAAAAAGGUUUUUGUUUUUAGGCUAAGUGCUACUGACAGAAGUAGAGGGCAAAGAUGUAACUUUCAGAUCAUGUAUUCCCUUCUACGUCACCCUCUCUCCUUUUUUACUGCAGACCAAAUAUUCCAGAUCUCUCUGGCCCUAUCCUCACUUYAGUCCCAUACUGAUACAACAUCUGUCCACCCCUUUUUGCCAAGCAGUUUGGUACUGUCCAAGCUUCCCACAGUACUGCUGCUUCACCUGGAUGUUGCUAGAAUGUUCCUUUUUMGGGGGGGGCGGYGGGUCUGUGAGAAUCCUAACUGCGUGGGCUGUUGGAUUAAGCCACUGCUGCAGCAUCAGAAGGGGUUUAAUCUAGGAGAAGCAGCAGCAGAGAGAGACACUAUUUCCCAGGCUCUAUCUUAACUAGUGCCAGUUCUUUUAUUUGACUGUACAAGAACUGCUGGGCAUCAAGGACACAUACAAGAGGAUAGAAUAUCAAGGAAGGAGGAAAACAGAGCUUCUUUGACUGGAGCAGAGAGAUAAAUAAAGCAUCAUAGUGUCUGCUGCAGACACCAGACACAGUCAUUAUGACCCAGGGCAAGCUUACAGUCGCAAACAAGGCUGCUGAAGCAGGAGAGAAGCAGUAUGGCACUUCAAGUGGAGAAGCAGGAGGGCCACCGGCCCCUCCCACCUAUGAGGAGGCCACUGGCGCAGGUGAGAAAGCAGGUGUCAGCGGCAGCCCCUGUUACAGCGGGGCUUAUCCUAGUGACGGGGAGAUGCUCACAGAAUUCAGCUGGAGUGAUAAAAACAUCAGACGGAUCUUUAUCCGCAAGGUUUACGCCAUCUUGAUGAUUCAACUUCUUGUCACUCUUUCCAUUGUGGCUCUCUUCACAUUCUGUGAACCAGUGAAGAACUACAUUCAGUCCAACCCUGGAUGGUACUGGGCUUCUUAUGCUGUGUUCUUUGUCACAUAUAUUACKCUCGUCUGCUGUCCUGGACCAAGGAGACAGUUUCCAUGGAAUCUSAUCCUGCUCGCCAUCUUUACCCUCUCUCUCUCCUACAUGACAGGGAUGCUAUCCAGUUAUUACAACACCAAGUCAGUGGUGAUGUGUUUGGGUAUUACUGCUAUGGUCUGUCUUACUGUCACUCUCGUCAGCUUCCAAACUAAGUUUGAUGUGACAUCAUGCCAAGGUGUAUUGUUUACCUUCUGCAUGGUCAUGAUGGUGUCUGGACUGGUCCUGGCCAUCGCAUUGCCCUACGGAUAUGUGCCCUGGGUGCAUGGUGUCUAUGGUGCCUUGGGAGCGUUACUUUUUACCAUGUUUUUGGCGUUUGACACCCAGCUACUGAUGGGGAACAAGCGCUACACAAUAAGCCCAGAGGAAUACGUCUUUGCCACUCUCAACAUCUACCUCGAUAUUAUCUACAUCUUCUCCUUCUUCCUGUCCCUGUUUGGAACAGAGAGGACAAACUGAAUCCACCUCCAGGCCAGCAUCUCAGCUUUUCCAUCCAAACACGGCCCGUAUUCAUAGUCUCAGAGUAGUAGUGCUGAUCUAGGAUCGGCUUUGCCAUUUAGAUCACGGUGAAAAGUGUCAUACACACAGGGGGGAUAUGAUCCUAGGUCGACACUACUCGGAGACAUGGUAUGAAUACAGGCUCUGAUCUCACCAUCAAGAUGUACUGUACACAACUUAUUGAUCCACUACUUCUUCCCACAGUCUCAGCUUAGUGUGAUUUCCCUUCCCCCUCUAGCAUGAUAUGGACCUAUACUACUUUAUUGUCUGCUUAGCUGUCAAUCUCCAGAAUGUACAGUACUUUUCACCUAUAGGUUCGGCGAUCUAUAGAAUUACAUUGCUAACGGUAGAUAGGUGUGAAAAACACAUGCAAAAUACUGAGUCUGUCUAAAAGCUAGAACUGUAGGUGUUUUUGUGUUAUGCAGUAGUGAUGUCCUUGCUUUCUCCUGUCUUUUAACAACAGCAGUCAUGACUGACACUACUCUACAGGAGAUUAUCACCUCUUAUGAAGAGGAACUUAAAGUAUCUGCCCUAAAGGCAUGAAUAUCUGAAUAUCUUUCAGUGUAGCAACGUAGACAUCAUUGUGCUUAGUUCAUCGGUAUUGCACUAGGCUACAUCCAAUUCCAUCAGUGCAUAACACAUUGUMAUGACCCUCAGCUUUAGAGUAGAGAGAGAGAGUAAAGUAUUACUUUAUUGAUCCAAACUUGGGAAAUUGUUUUAUCACUCCGCAUCGCCAAUAAAUUAAAAAUGACAAGACACGUAUCCAUGACAAAAUAAAUUAAACACAUACUAAGACACAUAUAAAUCAAUGGCAUCUGUGCACAGUAUGUCUGUGGUUUGUUGUUUCUCCUCCAGUCUGUCAACUCUUAGCCUACUGGUUAAAAUCUCAAAGGAACAUAAGAUCCGGAGCAUGCAGGCAAUUCAAUGCAAUUCUGAUUUAAUUUGAAUGUAGGCAAAUUGCUUGGCUUUCCUUAGCUGCUUUAGACAAAAAAUGAGUUAAUCUAGUUGCACUAAAACUGGAGAUGUAAUGCAAUCCUGUCAAUAUGAUGAGCCAUAGUCCAAUGAUGUCAGUAGGGGUUUACUCACCACCCUUCUCUUUCUUUGUAACAUUCUGUUCUGUAUUGAUAGCUAAACCAGAGUCAUCCCACUGGGCACAGAUGUCAAUCCAAUGUCUAUUCCACAUUGGUUCAACGUCAUUUUGUUGAAAUGACGUGGAAACAAUGUUGAUUCAACCAGUGUGUGCCCAGUGGAAUGUAUUUAGAAUCUAAAUAUAUGGCUCUGGGACUGGGUUAAACCAAUGAUUCGAUACAUAUGCUUUGCUAAGCAUGUUUUGGGGGCCAAUCUGGAAAACCUUUACAAUGUGGUGAUGUGGAAAAUGUAUGUAUUUGCUCCAGUAGUUAUACAGUGCCCUCCAUAAUUAUUGGGACAGUGACACAGUGUUGUUGUUUUGGCUCUGUACUGUAGCGCUUAGGAUUUUAAAUUACACAAUGACCAUGCGGUUAACAUGCAGACUGUCAGCUUGAAUUUGUGGGUAUUUUCAUCCAUAUCGGGUGAACCAUUUAGAAAUUACAGCACCUUUUAUAUAUAGUCCCCCCUUUAGGGGACCAAAAUUAUUGGGACAAUUCCCUUUAUAUGUGUAUUAAAGUAGUCAAGUUUAGUAUUUGGUCCCAUAUUCCUAGCACGCAAUGAUUAAAACAAGCU